UUUAUGCAUGGCCUUUUAUAAUGGAAUACAAACAAAUCUGUUCUAUUCAAACAAUGCAGAAAAUCUGACGAAUAUAAAAUACAAGUUGGUUGUUCUGAUUCAAACAGUCGUUGCUAAUAUUCUAAGAAAAAUGAAGCUUGCAUACUUUCUCCUGCUACUGUUGCCGCUUUUGAGCAGCGUGCUGCUGGUGGCAGCUGGCGGAGGAAACAAACCUUCCGAGGCCCGUCGGGAUGCAAAAGUUGGCGGAGCUUCUGCACAGCAAAAGGCCAAGAAGGCCAACGAGCAGGCCCGAAUUGUGAAGAAGAACAAAGGAUAGUGAAUCGUCGCGCAAAGUGUUUGCAAUUUUGAUGUAAUUAACCACUUGGCAAUAACAUUUUAGAAAACUCUAGGA